UUAGCAAGCCACACGUCCACGGCUUUAAAAAACAAAGAGCUCAUUUGUUUCUCAUUAGUUUGAGUGUAUAAACAAGGUGGCGGACAAACAAAACAUAAGCAGACGACAGAUUAAGUAGUCUCCCCUUUUAAUACUCUCCUUCGGAACCGUAAACAAAGUAUAGGCUACUAGAAGUUCUGGAUUUAAUUGUCAAUUUCUCUAAAUGCAAAUCUAAUUUCCAAGAAAAUAAACUCUGCCUUCUAAACACCAGGAAUAAUAAGGAAUUUCCUUCACUUCAUUUGUUUUAAUGGAGUAACAAUUGAAGCCUCUAGCAAGGGUGCGUAACUCUAAAUCCUUGUUUUCACGUCUGCGAUCUCAGCAUAAACGUUUUCACAGUGUUUCAGUUCACUGCUUCUCAUUAAUUAAGACAUUUUGUUUAUCAAAUGAUCUGACUUUAUAAACAAACAAACAAACAAAAAAAUGAGUACGUCAACAGACGGGUACAUGGGUUUAAUGGAUGAGGUCACGGUGACCAGAGAUUACCUCGGAUUGGUGAAUGAUGUCAGUACAGUAUUCACGGAGGCUACGAAAACGCGUCGGGUGAGGCAUGAGCUCGCGAUCUGGCGAACUUUGAUCUUUGGCAUCGGAGGAACCGUGGUCUGCAUCCUUGGCAUUCUGUGCAACAUUGCAGCAGUGCUGGUCUUGGCAAAGUUCAAAACCGCCUCGUCUGCACCAUUCCUUCUCGUCUGCUUGGCUUGUCUGGACACCUGCUAUCUGUUCUUCAUGAUGGUCUUUGAGAACUUGACCAUUAUAUCCAACGGGCGAGUGAUCUCCAGAGACUAUUUGAUGGCCACAUUACCUUAUUACAAAUAUUUCUACGCCAUCCCGCUAGUGGCCCAGACCUGCAUCUCUUAUACGAUCCUACUUAUAUCAGUGGAACGAUUCAUCGUGGUGGCCUGGCCGUUCAAGGCUUUUGUCAUCUGUAGUAAGAAAAUAGCGGCUUUUGCCAUGGCCUGCAUUCUAAUAUUUGGCAUAGUUUUCCACGUGCCCACAUACCUGGCAUAUGACAAUAGCUACAUCUGGCAAAAUAGUACACAAUCCUAUCAAUUAAAGUUUAGCAGCACUCCAUUUGGGAAUUCUUAUUUCUACAUUGAGAUAUUCAGCAAGUGGAUCCUCAUGGCUGUCAACUUCAUCAUCCCUUUCCUUCUUUUGGUUGCAGUCAACAUCAAUUUAUUGAGGGUGCUGAGGAAGAGCAGGAGUCCAGCUGGAGCUAUGAAUGGUGUCAACUCUGAGUAUCGGCUGACCAUCAUGGUUUUCUGCAUGACAGCCAUAUUUUUCCUGUUUGAGAUCCUAGAAGCCUCUUCCUUUGUUUUGACUGCUGGCAUUUAUUCAUACAGUCAGUCACCCAAAAUUGUACAAAGAUUCACAGCGUGUGCUGACCUAAUUACUGAAAUAAACUCAGCUCUCAACUUCCUCAUCUACUGUGCUUCUGGGCGAAAAUUUAGGGACAUGUUCUGCCGAGUGUUUUUCCCAUGCUUAGGUCCACAGCGUAUUAGGGCCACCAUAGCCUUGACCACAAAGAAUACAAAGCCCACAGUGGCCAGGUACAAGAAUUGGACCAGUUGGGAAUUUGUCACCGCUAACAUCAGUUGCUACCAAGCGCGCCCAUCAGAGGGCAGCAUCUCUAGCAGCAGUACAAAGAGUUCAAAGACUAGUUCUGUGACCAAAUACCACAGCGAGCCCUAUUUGAAGAGCAUGACAUAAAUCUAAGUGUUUCUUUGGUUUGGCCUUAUUCUGAGCACAGAGAUUAGCCUUAAAUUUUGCUAAAUCAGCUGCAGCUUAAAUCCAAAGUUUAAAAAAAAAAUUAAACUGAACAAUAACUAGUCCAUCAAAGAUUGACUGCUAAGCCUUUUAUCAAUGAAGCCUUGUUUUGGGGAUUUUUUGUUUGACUACAUUAAACCAUUAUUAGUACUGAAACAAGAAAAAACAUCAGCAGAAUUUUGUGCAUAUAUAUAGAUAUGUUAUGAUUUAAGGUCAUAUGUAGAAAACAAUUAUGAACAAAUUAAGGUAAACAUUUCAGGACUAGUAAAAAAUACUUGGAGAACUUUGUUCCUGGCCUAGAACUCAAUAUUUGAAGAACUUUGUUCCUGGCCUAGAACUCAGUAUUUGAAGAACUUUGUCUUUGAGCUAAAACUUGGGAUUUUAGAGAAUUUUGUAUUUUCUCCACAUUAAAAGGAAUGCUGGUUAUUCCUCUUUCUGUUUUUUUAAAUUAUUCACUGCCGGUUAUAUUUAGCUGUAUAAAAGAAUUUGUCCUUGAGCUGUUGAAAUGAUGUUAAAUUCUGCUGAACUAGUCUGGAAUAUUCCAUGGAUAAAACGUGGAAAUAAAGAUCAUAGAAUAGUGAUCAUAGUUACCCAUGCAGACCUAGCAGUUUACUGUCUUAAAUUUAAAAAUUUUGGGGGAAUUUUAGAUAUUUAGUAAGAGCAAGACUUAUGGCUAAAGAGAUCACAAUGAUAUUACGAGGAAGGUUGAAAGCCCAACUACAAAGUACGAUAGACUAACAAUGAAAUCUAGAUACAGUGAACCAGAGUACACUGAACCAGAGUACACUGCAUACACUUGUGUAAUACAAGGACUUUGAGGCCUGAAGAAAGUCAUCAGAAUGGAUACUUGCACCAUAAUGUCCUGCUUCAAGUCAACUUAAUUGUUCAAAUUUUAAAAAAGGCUCUUCAAACUCUUACAGUCAACAGAAAGAAAAUGUUGCAUGGUCAACACAAAGGUCACUUGUCUUUACUUUCCCUGGCAAUGGUCGAAUUAAUGGUGGCAUACUUCAGUCCAAACGGUGUGUUUGUAACACUAACCAGUAUCUCAUUCCUCCCCUUCCCCUGUCCAUUGCAGUAAGUUAUAAUAUUAUCUUGAUAUGUUGGCCAAGAGGGUAGCUGCCUGGUCAUGAGAUACAGGCUCCAGACUAUUAUCACAAUGAUCUUGAGUUCAAAUCCCUUUCCCAUAUCAUCAGAAGAUUUGGUCCAUUCAAUAGUAUUAUCUUGAUAAUGUUUAUUUCCCUGGAUUUGAUGGAUACCAGUAUAGAAAUAGGAUACUCUAACAUCACUCAACCUACUAGUAUAAAUAGACAUUGUAUAAAUUAAGCACAGCGUAUAUACAGUCCAAUGAGUGUAAAAUUUUAAAGAUGUUCAGACAUUCUGUACAUUUUAUGAUUAAUUAUGUUUGAUUCAUGUAUUUGUAUACAUUUCAUGUCUUAUUCAAGAGUUUGUGGAUAGUUCGUGUCUCAUUCAAGUGUUUUUAUUUCAUUUUUUCAUGUCUCAUUCAAGUGUUUUUAUUUCAUUUUUUUCAUGUCUCAUUCAAGUGUUUUUAUUUCAUUUUUUCAUGUCUCAUUCAAGUGUUUUUAUUUCAUUUUUUCAUGUCUCAUUCAAGUGUUUUUAUUUCAUUUUUUUCAUGUCUCAUUCAAGUGUUUUUAUUUCAUUUUUUUCAUGUCUCAUUCAAGUGUUUUUAUUUCAUUUUUUCAUGUCUCAUUCAAGUGUUUUUAUUUCAUUUUUUUCAUGUCUCAUUCAAGCGUUUUUAUUUCAUUUUUUCAUGUCUCAUUCAAGUGUUUUAUUUCAUUUUUUUAUGUCCCAUUCAAGUGUUUUUAUUUCAUUUUUUCAUGUCCCAUUCAAGUGUUUUUAUUUCAUUUUUUUAUGUCCCAUUCAAGUGUUUUUAUUUCAUUUUUUCAUGUCCCAUUCAAGUGUUUUUAUUUCAUUUUUUUAUGUCUCAUUCAAGUGUUUUAUUUCAUUUUUUCAUGUCCCAUCAAGUGUUUUUAUUUCAUUUUUUUAUGUCCCAUUCAAGUGUUUUUAUUUCAUUUUUUCAUGUCCCAUUCAAGUGUUUUUAUUUCAUUUUUUUAUGUCUCAUUCAAGUGUUUUUAUUUCAUUUUUUCAUGUCUCAUUCAAGUGUUUUAUUUCAUUUUUUCAUGUCUCAUUCAAGUGUUUUAUUUCAUUUUUUUAUGUCUCAUUCAAGUGUUUUAUUUCAUUUUUUCAUGUCUCAUUCAAGUGUUUUUAUUUCAUUUUUUUCAUGUCUCAUUCAAGUGUUUUUAUUUCAUUUUUUUAUGUCUCAUUCAAGUGUUUUUAUUUCAUUUUUUCAUGUCUCAUUCAAGUGUUUUUAUUUCAUUUUUUUCAUGUCUCAUUCAAGUGUUUUUAUUUCAUUUUUUUCAUGUCUCAUUCAAGUGUUUUUAUUUCAUUUUUUCAUGUCUCAUUCAAGUGUUUUUAUUUCAUUUUUUCAUGUCUCAUUCAAGUGUUUUUAUUUCAUUUUUUUAUGUCUCAUUCAAGUGUUUUAUUUCAUUUUUUUCAUGUCCCAUUCAGUUGUUUUUGUACAUUUCUUGUCUAAUUCAGGUGUUAUCAAGUAUUUGUAUUUUAUGUAUCUUUCAGGUGUUUGUGUACAUUCUCAUGUAUCAUUCAAGCCAUUGUGUACAUUCUGAUGUCCCAUUCAGUGUUUGUAUUUCAUGUUUUAUUCAAGUGUACACAUUCAUAAAAGUGAUUCCAGUCCAAGGAAAGAUAUCUUCAUUCAUAAUAUGUAUAUUGAUUUGGAAGAAGAGGAUAUUGUAAUUGAAAAAAAAAGCUACUUGAUUUUAUUUCAAAAGAAUCAUUGUUGCAGGAAGAUAUCUGGAGAUGAAGAACUUUGUACCAAUAAAAUAUUUCAUUUUUAAAA